AUGGGGCUGUCCAUGAUGCUUAAAAUGCGCGUAAAUGUGAGGCGUAACGUAGAGGAGGUCUCGAAAGAUCUUGAAGUCACUAUGACCGUUUUAUCGGAGAAUACAUCUUCUGUUUCGAGUUGUCAGCCGCAGAAGCUACGCCUUUUUCACGGCAUCUAA